AUGAAGUUUUUCACCCUCAUCCUCCUCGCCCUCCCAGCCGCCUACGCCGCCGUCAUCGCGGCCCCUGACGCCGGCACCAGCGCUCUCGCUGCCCGCGAAGCAACCGCAACAGCAGAAGCACACACCCUCAUACCCCGCAAGACAUGCAAGCGCGAGCGGAGGUUCCGACCGGAUCGUCAUGGCGUCUGCGUUGACGCAUCGAAGCCGGAUGCUUGCCAGGGAGGCGAUAUGUAUCAGGAGGAUUGCCCGGGGGUCCAAGUUUGCUGCAUUAUUGAUGUGAGUUCUCCGUGA